AUGCUAAUCUUUAGUUUAAAGCUCAUCUGGCUCUUUGAUUCUAAAUACAUAAUUAUCUUUGCUUGGUUAAUGGAUUUAAUCACAUUCAUUGUUAUAUUACUCGACAAAAACAUAUCCAAAGCAAUCUCUGGCAUCCAUUUUCUUGAAAAAGUUUUAAGUGUUUCAUUUAAAGUACUAUUUUUGCAUCUCCAAUUUUAUAAGAUCACAAUAAUAAUACAUUUUGAAAUUAAGGAGAUCAAUUUGUAUUAUAUUCCAGCUCUUUAAAUAAUUGUGACGAUCGGAAUAUUAUUUCAUUAAGUUAUACAAUAGGAGAGAAACAAAAGAAAGAACCUUAUCAUUGCUUAUUCCUAUUCAAUUCUUUAUAUCCUAUAAUUGUUAUUGUUAUCUUUGAAGUGGAAUAAGUAUUUUGUUUAUUCAUAUUAUCAAACCUUCAUCAUUACGUGGACAGCAUUGGGAAUCAACACAUUUUUGAUGGUCUUGUUGCUUAUCGCUUUUGUUGAAAAGUGUUUUCAAAAGGAUAUUCCUGAAAUUGAUGGUAUUAUGUUCAAAUAUCAAGGAUCUAUCAUUUUAUGGUUACUUUAUUAUAUUUUUGGAUUAACAAUUAUUCCAUUCUUCUUAUUAAAAGAGAUAUGCUAAUUUUAUGAAAGGGAUACUAUCUAAAUUAAUAUUAGAAUAGCUGGUAUUACUGUCUUGAUUUCUAUCAUUCUCUACCUUAUCUCAUUUAGUUACUAUACUAAUAAAAUCAGAAAGCAAUUGAUGUAUUUAAAAUUUCAUUAUCAAAAUAGAAUUGUUUUAAAAUUGGAAAAUAGGUAAACUCAAGUACCAAUUCCUCAAUCUCCCUAAAUAGAACCUCCAAAGAAGAAAUGGUCUAAACUCAAAAUUCCUGUUAUGUUCAUUCGAAUUUCUGCUUCAUAUUAUAAAUUAGUAUCAAAGAAAAAGAUUAAUGAAAUGAAUAAUAGAAAUAUAAGUUCAAUUCCAAUCUGUAGUGAUGUUUUACGACCUGAUUCUCUUAACUUUAGAUAAUCUCCAUGCUUAACUAUGAUGAAAUAGAUGAAAUCAAUACCAAGAGAUUAAGAUUCUUGCGAUAUUUGCUUAAUUUGCUUUGAAAAUGAACCAGAUAUUAUCUUAAGUCCAUGCAACCACGGAGGUAUUUGUACAUCUUGCUCUGAAAAUCUUAAGAAAACUACAAAACAAUGUUUCUUAUGCAGAACUGAUAUAAAGUACACUCUUAAAUUAAAUCAAAAAAUAGGAGAAAUUUUAGAAGUAACAGAUGUAUAAAAAGUUUGA